AUGCUUUAUGCUCUGUCACUUGGAUUCAACUAAGAUCCACUUAAGAGAGAUGAAUACAAGUUUACUUACGAAAGAAGCCCAGAUUUCACUACAUUUCCUACAAUGCCAGUGACGAUUGCUCAUAAAGAUUAUACUGCCUUCAUGAGUACUCCAGGCCUACCAAAGUUCAAUCCCAUUAUGAUCCUUCACGGUGGCGAGGAAGUAGAAAUUAUAAAGCCUAUAGUAGCUGGUAAAAGAUACAAAGUAACAGAAAAGAUGAUUGACGUCUAAGAUAAGGGCAAGAUGACAAUCUUAGUUGGACAAUCAACAAUUACAGCUGCUGAUAAUGAUAAAGAUGUCUAUACAGUAAUUACAGGCCAGACAAUUGUUAGAGAAAUGGGAGGCUUUGGCUUCAAAGGUUAAACUAAACCAACAGUGUACCCAAAAAAGCCUCAAGUACCACCCACUGCAGUUGCUGAGACUAGAAUAUGGCCAGGAUAAGCUUUUCUUUACAGACUUAAUGCUGACUAUAAUCCCUUACAUGUUGACCCUGACCAAGCAAAGAUUGCUAACUUUGAUACGCCAAUCAUUCAUGGACUUUGCACUAAAGGCAUGAGUGCAAAGGUAGUUUAUGAAAAAUUCUGUAAUGGAGACCCUAAAAUGAUCAAGAAGAUUGCAUCGAAAUUUGUUGGUCAUGUGUUCCCAGGCGAGCAUUUAAUUGUUGAAAUGUGGAAAAAUGGUAACACCAUCUACUACUAAUCAAAAGUUAAGGAAAGAGGGACCGUUGCACUAAAGGCUUUCAUUGAACUCAGAGAGCAACCUAAACUCUGA